AUGUCGACCGACAGCUCGUCCAGCCCGUCGAAUUGGGUUACGGGUAGUUACACGGGUAACAGCGAUGGCCUUCGCAUCACGAUCACCACCUUCGUGGUGAUCGCCUGGUAUAAUUCCAUUGAGUUACUGGUUCUCAUCUUCUCGAUCUUCAAGCAGUAUAAAGGGAUUUACUUUUGGAGUUUGCUGAUUUCGACCGCGGGGAUCCUCCCCUACUCGAUCGGCUUUUUCAUGAAAUUUUUUGAUCUGACGUCAGCAAUCUGGGUCUCGUUGACACUUGUCACAGUUGGGUGGUGGACCAUGGUGACCGGGCAGUCAUUCGUACUUUACUCAAGACUACACUUGGUUGUUCAAAAUACACGGGUGUUGAAUUUUGUCUGCGGCAUGAUCAUUGCCAACGUCUUUCUCCUGCAUGUACCGACCACCAUAUUGACAUACGCUGCCAAUUACAUGCAGUCGUACAAGUACCUGCAUGCGUAUAAUAUCAUGGAGAGAGUCCAAGUCGCGGGAUUCUGCGCCCAGGAACUGAUCAUCUCGGGUAUCUACAUAUGGGAAACUACGCGCAUGCUGAAACUGAACCCCAACCGAGACAACCGUAACAUCAUCUUACAGUUAUUUGUGAUGAACAUGGUCUGCAUCCUGAUGGACAUUGCUCUGAUCGCAGUAGAAUGCGCAAAUUACUACAUCUACCAGACCACGCUGAAGGCUACUGUGUACAGUAUUAAGCUGAAGAUCGAAUACGGAGUCUUGAACAAAUUGAUCUACAUUGCGAAGCAAUCCGCAGGAAGGCCAUUAGAGGAUCCCUAUAUUGAGUUGAACCGACUCAGCCCCAAUGCCAACUCUGAUACUACGCGCACAACAACGCAAUCCAAGCCGCAUCGUUCCAGUAUAGAGGAUAUCAGCUUCCGUCUACGAGUCUGGAAGCUGGAUGAAGCCGACGGCGAGGAUGGUAGCGAUUCACCACCAGAGCAUGAAUGGCCAUACCUAUUGAGGAAGACCACGAUUAGUCCCAACACAGGAAACACCGUGCCGACGACUAUCACCCCAAGUGGUGUAGCGUACAUCGGUGCCAUCUUAUAUGAGGGGCAACCAGCUACUAUUCUCAUCGUUGAAGAACUAAAAACGAAACGUGUCUCUCCUGAUGGUCACGAGGGAUAUUGGCACAUCUUAGAGGCGCACGUAGAUGACAAAAUCGCCUACGGUGUGGUAGGUGCUUUGGUUUCAUUCCGGGCCGCUUGCGCCACUGUACAGCCUUGCAUUAGGGCUUACCACGUUGCAUCCAGUAACUGCCGCGAGUUGGCCCCGCAGCGACAGAUGAGUUUAGGCUUGGAUGCUUCUCUUUGUUUGGCUCUCUUGGCAUCGAGCUUCGUGGCACAACAAGUUCCCUUAAAACGGCAUUCAUUCAGUUCCUAUUCGAUUUACCGCCUUGCACAGUGCAACAGUAUGGCUCUGCUUCAGGCGGUCGAGACAAGCUUCCUCCUUCUGGCGCUAUGGACCGCCAUCGAAGCCAUCCGUCGUCUUUAUUUCCAUUCCUUAUCCCACAUUCCAGGCCCCCGACUGGCGGCACUCACCUGGUGGUAUGAAUUCUACUAUGAUGUCGUCCAGCCAGGGCAGUACGUAUUUAAAAUUCAAGAGCUUCACAAGCAAUACGGGCCCAUCAUCCGGGUAACCCCGGAUGAGGUCCACAUCAACGAUGUUGGUUACCUCGACACAAUCUACGCCCCAUCGAUGACCCGCCUCGACAAGUAUGACUACCAGCUACGCACCUUACGUGUCCCCGGUGGCAUUGGGACCACUGCCGACUACUACCUUCACAAGAUCCGUCGGGAAGCGCUCACUCCCUUCUUCAGUAAGCGCAACGUUCUCUCACUCGAAGGCGUGAUCACCGCAAAGGUGAACCAGUUGUGCGAUUUGAUCGACAAACAUGCGGCGACGGGAGCUCCCAUCAAUCUAUCGGACGCAUUCUAUGGAUUUUCCAAUGAUGUUGUCGCCAACUUUUUAUUUGCCCACCAAACCGACGUACUCUCAGAUGAACAGGCGGCGGCCAGGCUCCGCCGCAACAGUCAUGAGUUGCUCAAGGGAAUCAACAUGAACAAGCACUUUCCAUGGAUCCCGGACAUUCUCGAAGCACUGCCACAACGCAUAACCAGGCCUGUCAUGCCUCCUGGACUCAUUGACAUGCACGAACUCUUUGAUAGAGUCCGUGCGGAAUUGACCACAAUCAUGAGGGCAAAAGCAUCCAGCACUUUAAACGGGAAAAAGUCAAUCAAUCCAGGAGGCAAAGAAUCCGUUUACGAAUCCGUGCUCGACAACCCCAACCUCCCCGCAUCCGAAAAAGCCCUCCUGCGCCUGGAACAAGAAGGCGCACUACUGACCCUCGCAGGAACAGAGUCCCCCGCCCAAACACUCAAUAUCAUCUUCUACCAUCUCCUCGCCAACCCUUCUCUCCUCGCAACACUCCGCAAAGAACUAGAUACCCUGCCGACACCCUCAACCUGGACGCAACUAGAGCAAUUCCCGUACCUCUCCGCUGUCAUCGAAGAAGGCAACCGACUCUCCUUCGGCGUGACCGCUCGCGCAGCCCGUAUCCAGCACAAGCCCAUAACCUAUACCCCAUCCGCGUAUGUGACCACACCAGGCCCCACGCGUAGAUCCUAUACCCUCCCUCCCGGCACACCCGUUAGUAUCACGACGUUGAGCGCACAUACCGCUGAAUCAGUCUUCCCGGACCCGUACGUAUUUAGUCCCGAGCGCUGGCUGGGGGAUGAGGGUCGUGAGCGCAGGAAAUUCCAGUUGGCUUUUUCGAGAGGCGGAAGGAAGUGUUUGGGGAUUGAGCUUGCCAGGGCGGAGCUGUAUCUUGUUACUGCUGCGCUUACGCGGAUGUUUGAUAUGGAGUUGUGGGAGACGGAUGAGAGGGAUGUUUCUUUUGAGCACGAUUAUCAUGUUGCUAUGCCGAAGGAUGGGUCGAAGGGUGUAAGGGUUGUGGCUAAGCUACGUUGA